AUGCGUCUUGUUAAAUUCCUUCCGUUUGUUACCCUUGGUGGCCUAUUGGCUGCAAUUCCUGCCCAAGCUGGCUUCUGGGAUGAUCUCUUUGGAAUUGGUGACAAAAGCACUACCACCCCAAUACCCACCCCAACACCCACACCAGCACCCACUAGCAGCAUUAUCGACAGUAUCGUUAACCUACCAUCUUCACCACUUGGCCCAAACAUAAUACCAACUACCGUUCCUGUCUUUCCAUCAAAUUCUUUGAUAUUCCCAUCUGUCGUUAUUCCCAGUGCACUUCCUAGCUUAAUCGUCUCUAGUUCUUCGGUUAUCCCACCUUCUUCAUCAGCAACGACAACACCAACACCAGCACCAACACCAACACAAUCUAGUACUACUUCUUCAAAGCAUUCUUCAUCUUCAUCUUCUUCGUCUUCGGCAUCCGCAUCAUCUUCUGUAUUAGCUUCUGAAAAAGACUCUGGUAAUUCUAGCUCUAACAAGACAGCAAUUAUUGCUGGUACAGUCUGUGCCAUCAUUUCCGUCAUCUUUGCAGGCAUUGGGUAUGCAUUCUUUGUAAAGACACGUCGAAAUAACCGCGAAGCACGACUGUAUGGAAAGGACAAUACGAGUGAUAUGGACCAACUGGCUACUGGUGGUGGUGGUAUCGGUGGUCACUCCAAUAUCAUGCCUCAUUCAGGAUAUGCUGCCCAAGACGACAUUUACGGUGGGAACGGCACUCAGAAUCAAUAUCACCAAUAUCAAUAUGAUGAUCUUGGAUAUUCGACUCAAUAUAACAAUAAUGGUAACAUGAAUGGUGCAGACUUGAGAUAUGUACCCCAGAGCCCAAUGGUAGGCAUGCAGGAUAACCAGCAGCAGCAGCAGUGGGAUAGUUAUGCAGCUCAGCCCGCAAUGUACAAUUCCCCACAAUAUCCACAGUCUGCACACUAUUACGAUCCAUCAUAUACCCAGGCGUACAACAACUCUGGCCAGUACAUUGAUCCAAAUCAAUAUCAAAGUUAUACCUCAUCUGUUCCAAUUCCUGUAUCUGCUGUAUCUGCUGUUUCUGCAGCUGUAGCUACUGCGGCAGUAGCUUCUAUUCCUACUGCUACUAACACUGCUGCUGCUGCUGCUACAACUGCUGCUGUUUCUGAUGCUGCUGCUGCCGGUGGAUAUUCUCGUCCUAAUGCUUAUGAUGGCCAUGACAAGACUCUCGAAACACAACGCUAUUCACCUUCUUCUUCUACUUCACCUUCUCCUGUUCCUCCUCCUCCUCCUUCUGCUACGCCUACUACACCCACUAUAUCCGCUAAUCCUAAUCCUAAUACAAAUCUGAAUGCUACUACAAUGCCUUCCUAUCAACAAAAUCAUGACACAAGUUACAACUAUAGACAAGAUUGGUAG